AUGUCGAUUGAAGUUGACUGGGCAACUGCCACCUCUGGCCCGGAUGGGGAAGCUCUCGCGGAGCGCAUCCGCGCGUUUGUUCAUGAUAAGUUCCAGGAGGUGGCCCUACCACGCUUCAUUCGCUCGGUCCAGGUGCAUUCAUUCGACUUCGGUACCAUUGGACCUGAUCUCGAGAUCAAGGAUUUCUGCGAACCUUUCUCAGACUUCUACGAAGAGGACGACGACGACACCUCAGCGACCUCCGAGGAGCUUGUAGAGCAAUGGUCAGACUACGAUGACGAAAUGCCAAUGAACCAUGCAGCCCACAGUCCUCACAGCUUCAGCCACCACCCUUACCCAGGCGAACAGUUCCAACCAUCCGCGCUCCGCUCCCCGCUUCCUCUCGGUGAUCACCUCAAUCCACACUUCCUGCCCCGCUCAGGAACCCCCGGCAUUCCCGGCGGCACCUCAACACUGGGCUACCACCUUAUGUCACUAGGCGGUCUAUCCGGAACACAAACUCCUCUGGCAGCUGUCGCGGGCGGCACACGUUUCACAAGCGGCUGGUCCGACUCUGGUCUAGCCGCCCACGGCGGAAGACAAGCACGCCCUUCACGUCCAUCCGUACACCAGCAGCGCCCAGAACCAGACAUCGACACCACGCACUCCGCCUCUCGGCCCUCAACAGCCUCACACCCCUCCAUAGGAAACACUGGCAGUAGUGGCUCGAAUCGCAACAGCGCUGAUAACCCGGCCGAUAUCCCGCAGCCGUCAACCGAAUCGAUUGCCGACGACCCUUCAAUCCCGAUCCCACCUCGCAUGCGCGAGCGCCGGCCAGAUGAUUUCCAAGUCCUAUGCCAUGCGAAGUAUGCUGGCGAUGUGCGCAUGUCGUUGACAGCAGAGAUCCUGCUAGAUUACCCAAUGCCUAGCUUUGUUGGUCUUCCGCUGAAACUCAAUGUGACUGGCAUCACCUUCGACGGGGUAGCGGUUGUCGCUUACAUUCGCAAGCGCGUUCACUUUUGUUUCUUAUCUGCGGAGGAUGCGGAUGCACUUCUUGGCUCUGAAGCUCAGGGCAAGGGCGCACAAAACCCUGGCGAGGAUGGGCGUCCGAGGUCUGGUGCAGAGCGCGAACAGAAGCGCCAGGGUGGAUUGUUGCAGGAAAUCCGGGUAGAAAGUGAGAUCGGGCGGAAGGAGGAUGGGAAACAAGUGCUGAAGAAUGUGGGUAAAGUGGAGAGAUUUGUACUCGCGCAGGUUCGCCGCAUUUUCGAAGAGGAACUGGUCUACCCCAGUUUCUGGACUUUCUUGAUCUGA